CGUGGUAUUACACGAUAAUGAUAAUACCAGUAUACCACGUUACCACACAAUAAUAGUACAUCGUAUAACCGCACAAGCGCACAAGAACAACUAUGGGACUGUACAAUAAUUUUGCCGUGCCACCGUGCUGCUUAUCAAUACCCAACCGUGCACAAAAUAAUAAUAUAACAUUAGUAUUAUUUUUAUCCUUCCUAGUUACGAUUUCAAAUUUUAAAGUUUUCAACUAUUUAGCCGUUUGAGACUUUGAGAUUUGUCGAUUUUAUACAUUAUAUUUGUAUUAGCCAUUUAGUUUUAGCCUUUCAGGUAUUCUUUUUUACGAUUCCAUAUUUUUGUUGUUUAUACUUGGUUUUAAGUUUUUAGUAGGUAAGAUGCCUAGGAAGUGUGUAAUUUGCAAAGCUUAUGAUAAGAAUAAUGAAAAAUCAUUUUAUUCCUUUCCUAAGGAUGAAGGCCGCAAGAAGUUAUGGUUAAAAGCUUGUGGAAUUAAACUAUAUCUACCAUCAUAUAGAGUUUGUGAGGCUCAUUUUUCAGACAAAGAUUUUUUACCUAGUGGUUAUUUAAAACGUAUUGCAGUACCAGGAAAUAAUAUUAUGAAGCCAGAACCACCAAUAUUCACAAAUACAGACAACAAAGAUUUUUCACCCAGCGGCCAUUUAAAAUGUGUUGCUAUACCAGGAGAUAUUUAUUCAGAGCCAGAACCAAAAGUAUUCACAAAUACAGACAGCAAAGAUUUUUUACCUAGUGGUUAUUUAAAAAGUAUUGCAGUACCAGGAAAUAAUAUUAUGAAGCCAGAACCACCAAUAUUCACAAAUACAGACAGCAAAGAUUUUUUACCUAGUGGUUAUUUAAAAAGUAUUGCAGUACCAGGAAAUAAUAUUAUGAAGCCAGAACCACCAAUAUUCACAAAUACAGACAACAAAGACUUUUUACAAAGUGGCCAUUUAAAAUGUGUUACUAUACCAGGAAAUAAUAUUGUGAAGCCAGAACCACCAAUAUUCACAAAUACAGACAGCAAAGAUUUUUUACCUAGUGGUUAUUUAAAAAGUAUUGCAGUACCAGGAAAUAAUAUUAUGAAGCCAGAACCACCAAUAUUCACAAAUACAGACAACAAAGACUUUUUACAAAGUGGCCAUUUAAAAUGUGUUGCUAUACCAGGAGAUAUUUAUUCAGAGCCAGAACCAAAAGUAUUCACAAACACUGACAACAAAGAUUUUUCACCCAGCGGCCAUUUAAAAUGUGUUACUAUACCAGGAAAUAAUAUUGUGAAGCCAGAACCACCAAUAUUCACAAAUACAGACAACAAAGAUUUUUCACCAAGCGGCCAUUUAAAAUGUGUUACUAUACCAGGAGAUAUUUUUUCAGAGCCAGAACCAAAAGUAUCCACAAAUACAGUUGUUGAAUCAUCUCAUCAAGAGACUCUUACACCUGACACAAUCAUGUUAUUAACAAACAGUAUCUGUGUUAUACCAAAAAAACGAGGUUCUAAUGAAUUGCCUGAUGUGAAUUCAAGACAAAACAAGAAAAGAUAUAAUCCAGAUACAAUAGGGGAUUUAUCCCCAAGUCACUUUGAUACACCCAGGAAAGCUAAAAGAAAUUUAGAAAUGGUAAAAUGUAAGUUCAACCAACAAAAAACCCAAAAUGUUAAUUUAAAAAAGCAGGUGAAGAGACUGCAAGUCAAACUCAGAACCUAUGAUGACCUUAUCCGUAAACUGAAGUAUAAAAUUUUUACAUCUGAAAAUGCAGGCUGUAGCUGUUCAUCUACAGGUAAAAAACACCACAUUUUUACUCAAUAA